AAGGUAUCUCCGUGAUUUAUCCAGUAGUAGAGUUUGAAUUUACUAUUAUGAGUAUUCUUUACGUGGAUCUUCGUUCUUUGGUCAAGUUCAAUCACAAGAACAGAACACCCUUCCUGAUUGGACUAGUCGUGGGAUUCACGAUCUGCAACUUUGUGUACUUCCCCACGUACUUUCCCACCACGUAUCUCGGAGAACGCAGACCCCGGCCGCCGAGUUACGCUACUAUGUAUAACAUCAUCGCCGAUCCCGCUAAACCACUGGAGCCAUUCAAUAACACAGACCCUCUCAGUGGAUACGUCAACGUGCUGAAAGAUAAAGCCCCCUUCAAGCGGCACUGUAGUGUCUGUGCCUUGGUGUCCACCUCUGGUCAUGUCCUGAACUACAUGGCCGGAGAGGAAAUUGACCAGGCCGAGUGUGUGAUCCGUAUGAACCACGCUCCUGUUGACGGGUUCGAGAAGCACGUCGGAACCAGGACCACAGUCCGCGUAGCCACGCACAAAAACUUUGAGGAAGCCUGGAGACAAAUCACACACAUCAUUUCCACAGAAAACCUGUCAAACGUGUUUGUAUGGGGUCCAGACCGUACCAUGAGGACAGACGGAAAGGGGAAGACAUACAAUUAUUUGCUCAGUCUAGCUAAGGCUUCCACUGACGUUGAGUUUUACAUGCUGACACCAGAGAGAAUGAGAUAUUCUCAUCAACUCUUUGAUAACGAGACAGGUUUGCCAAGACGACCGGAAUCAGACAUCUAUCUCAGUACAGGCUGGUUCACGAUGGUUCUGGCUACAGAGAUGUGUGACCAGAUCAAAGUGUACGGCAUGAGCAACGGAGACAACUGCAGGGACCCGAAUGCUUACCCGGCGGCGUACCAUUAUUUUCAUCAUUUCUUGGACUUCCAAGGCCGGCGGAAAGAAUGCGACGAGUACAACAGGAUGGAGAAUAUGAAGACAGGUGCCCAUCGCUUCUUCGCAGAGAAAAAAGUCUUCGGAAGAUGGUCAAAAUACCACAACAUCACAUUUCACUUCCCCACAUGGACACCUGAAGAAUGACUUGACUCAUAUGAUCAUGGAACUAAGAAAGACGGAGAACUUGACUUACUUAUGUCGAGUCCUGGUGUCCCUGACCUCGAGACAAAAUGGCUGACCAACACUCCCUAUCUUCCAUCACUUGACCCAAGUAGUCCACCUCCAGGCCAGUGUCUCUCCUUAGGCAGUCUAUGUAGGUUGCAGUCGGUCUGCCAGCCUUCCUCCUCCCAUGCUUGGGAGUCCACAGUACCAGCUCGGCCACAAUCUCCUCUCUGCUCCUGUGACAGAGACGGAGAAAACAGUUGAUAUUUAUCAUAAUAGUACCAAUUAUUGAACAUUAUAAUAACAAUUUUACAUAAACUCUACAUAUUUCAUGGAGGUAUGAGAUCUCCGAAUUCUUGUUUAACAUUUAGGGCGAUGCAAAAUGCAGAAAGUCCUUUUUAUGGUCAUUUCUUUUCAAAGAAG